UCCGGGCGGGCCGUGUGCCUCCGUCCCCUUCUUUGACCAAGUCACCAAUCAAUUACUUGGUCACCACUCGACUCGCGCACAUAAAUGCAUUGCCAUCGUACCCCAAGCAAGCUCCACCUCAGCUCAUCUCCCACCUCCAACCUCCGCCUCGUCUUCGAAUACCAGUCACUAGCGAAAGAGGGCAAGAUCGAGAGCCGAGGGGUGAAUUCGCUCACCACUCACACACCAUGCCGUCCCACGAGAAGGCCCUCGCCGCGGCGGCGUCGGCCGCGGCGGCCCUCAUGCUGGUGCGCAGCGUGGCGAACGAGCUGCUGCCCGACGAGGUGCGCGACGCGCUGCGCUCCGGCGCCAGCUACCUGCGCUCGCGCGUGUCCUCGCGGCACACCAUCACCGUCGAGAGGAAGCUCGACACCUUCACCCACAACCAUGUCUACGAGGCCAUCCGGACCUACCUCGCGGGGCACGCGAACAUAAGGGCGCAGCAACACCUGUGCGUCAUCUGCAUGGACGAGGACGAGAAGAUGACGGUAGCCCUGGCGGACGGUGAGGAGAUGGCCGACGUGUACGACGGCGCCGAGUUCAGGUGGUGCCACAUCUACCGCAGCGUCCCCACAGGAAACUCCGGCGGUGGCGGUGGCGGCAAUGGCAAGCAGCUCGAGGCCCACUCCUUUGAGGUGACCUUCCACAAGAAGCACAAGGAGAAAGCCCUCAAAGAGUACCUCCCGUUCAUCGUGGCCACGGCCAAGGCCAUGAGGCAACAAGAGAGAGCCCUCCAGAUACACAUGAACGAGGGCUCGGACGUCUGGUCUCCGAUGGACCUCCACCACCCAUCGACCUUCGACACGCUUGCCAUGGACCCCAAGCUGAAGCAGUCCAUCGUCGAUGACCUGAACAGGUUCAUCAAGAGAAAGGAUUACUAUAAGAGAAUCGGCAAGGCAUGGAAGCGGGGUUACCUGCUCUACGGCCCACCUGGGACCGGCAAGUCCAGCCUGAUCGCGGCCAUGGCCAAUCAUCUCAGGUUUGACAUCUAUGAUCUCGAGCUGACCGCAGUCCAGAGCAACUCGGACCUCAGGAUGCUCCUUGUCGGCAUUAGCAGCCGAUCGAUUCUUGUGGUUGAGGAUAUCGACUGCACCAUCAAACUGCAGCAGCGGGAGGGAGGCGAGGAGGAUACCAAUUCAGAUUCUUCAGACCCAGAAAAGGGAAGAGACAAGGUGACACUUUCUGGACUGCUCAACUUUGUUGAUGGGCUGUGGUCAGCGGCCGGGGAGGAGAGGAUCAUCGUCUUCACGACCAAUUACAAGGAGCGGCUUGACCCGGCGCUGCUGCGGCCUGGCAGGAUGGACAUGCACAUCUACAUGGGCUAUUGCACACCCGAGUCGUUCCGGAUCCUUGGCAAAAACUACCACUUGAUCGACUACCAUGCCAUGUAUCCGGAGAUAGAGAAGCUGAUCGAGGAGGUGAUGGUGACCCCUGCAGAGGUUGCUGAGGUUCUGAUGAGGAAUGACGACGCUGAUGUCGCGCUCCAUGAUCUUGUCGAUGUUCUGAAGUCAAAAUUGAAUGAUGCCAGUGUGAAGACCGAACACGUCAGUGCAAAUAACCAGGAGGAUGACGGAGACGAUGUCUAAAAUAGGAAACCACUAGCUCAAUUUCUGUAAGAAACAGAAGAUGGGAAUUAGAAGUGGGUGUCGACACUAACAAUGACCAACGGCAAUUAUGUUACUUUUUGAAAGAGAAACAAUGGGAAAUAUGUGAUUGUUCGAGUAUUAAAAACAUUGUGCUUUCGGAGCGAUAAAAGGCACUGGUUCCUAA